CUCACGUAAAUAUGCAAUGAAAUCAGGCUAGAAUGCGUAGGUUUCUUGGACAAAUAUUGUAGCGACGAACGGGGCUAUUUGCAGAGUUGACAAUAAGGAGAGGAGAGCCCGUUCCAAUUUCCCUGUUGGUAGAAGACAAUGGAGACAGAAAUUGAGCAGCAGGAAGAAGAAACCACAUUCAGCAACACUGACACUAACGGCAAGCGACCUGCUGAGGACAUGGAUGAGGAGCAAGCCUUCAAGCGCUCUCGUAACACAGACGAGAUGGUGGAAUUGAGAGUGCUACUGCAGAGCAAAAAUGCAGGUGCAGUGAUUGGAAAAGGUGGAAAGAAUAUUAAAGCCCUUCGGACAGAUUACAAUGCCAGUGUAUCAGUCCCAGACAGCAGUGGCCCAGAGCGUAUCCUGAGUGUUAGUGCAGAUAUUGAGACCAUUGGGGAGAUUCUCCUGAAGAUCAUCCCCACUCUUGAGGAGUACCAACACUACAAUGGCAUUGACUUUGACUGUGAGCUACGUCUGCUGAUUCAUCAGAGUUUGGCUGGAGGCAUCAUUGGUGUUAAAGGUGCCAAGAUUAAGGAGCUGAGGGAGAAUACACAGACCACCAUAAAACUUUUCCAGGAGUGCUGCCCACAUUCAACAGACCGUGUGGUUUUGGUGGGAGGUAAACCUCAAAGAGUGGUGGAGUGCAUCAAGGUCAUCCUCGAGUUGACAUCAGAGGCUCCUAUUAAAGGACGUGCCCAGCCCUAUGACCCAAACUUUUAUGAUGAGACAUAUGACUAUGGCGGCUUCACAAUGAUGUUUGAGGAAAGAGGUCGGCGUCCCAUGGGUGGGUUCCCCAUGCGUGGACGUGGGGCAUUUGAACGCAUGCCCCCUGGUCGUGGAGGACGACCCAUGCCUCCCUCCCGGCGGGACUAUGAUGACAUGAGUCCCCGUCGUGGGCCACCCCCACCGCCACCAGGAAGAGGGGGCAGAGGAGGGAGCCGUGCUCGAAAUCUGCCUCUGCCUCCCCCUCCACCACCCAGAGGAGGAGGUGAUAGAUUUUCCCAUCAGAGCUAUCAUAGCAACAUGGAUGACAGACCAAACGACAGAAGGGGAAGGCCUGGAGACCGCUAUGAAAGCAUGGGUGGAGUUGGCUAUGACAACAACUCUUCUUGGGAGCCCUUCCAGUCUGGUGGCAGAGGUUCCUACAGCGACAUUGGUGGUCCUGUUAUCACAACGCAAGUCACCAUACCCAAAGACCUGGCUGGUUCCAUCAUUGGGAAGGGAGGCCAGCGGAUCAAGCAGAUCCGUCACGAGUCCGGAGCCUCCAUCAAAAUUGAUGAGCCUCUGGAGGGCUCAGAGGACCGGAUCAUCACCAUCACAGGAACACAAGAUCAGAUUCAGAACGCCCAGUAUCUGCUACAGAACAGUGUGAAGCAGUACUCUGGUCGGUUCUUCUAGAGGACGGCGAAUGAAGCCAAACUGCCAUACCCAUACUUCAGCUUCUUUUCAGAGUUUACAUUCCUCUGCUGCUUGAGUAGAUGUUCUCCCUUUCACUCUCUCCUAACAUCUUUAGAAAAAAAAACAACCAAACAAACCAAAAAAAAAGUAACAAAAAAGUUUGGGAACGGUAGAAAGGUGUCUCGGAAGCAGCAGAAUGAAGUGGAGCCUUUCCUUCAUUAUGGCCAUGUGGUGUUCUUGUAUGCAUUGAUUUCUUUCUUUUUGGAAGCUGUAACUACUGGGGCUCAUCUGUAAUGUCCACUGUUAGCCUUACCAGAGCUGCAUGCCCAGUCAGUACAGCAUGCAGAAUGUAAUCUUUUUGUAAUCGUCCUCCCCUUUUUGCCAUUUAGUUUUUUCUUUCAAAGGCAAGAUGAUGUCUAAUACUGUAUAUAUUCAGUUAUCAUUUGGUGAAAGUUUUAAUAUCAGUACAAUCUUAUUGUAAUGGUUUGAAAAAUGGUUUGAGGUGGAACAUAGAUUCAUCUCUGAUAUGAAGAUCUCUCCCCCUCCCCUUUUCCUCAGUUUUCUAAGAGACCCUUGGAUGGACUGACUGUUUGUACUCUCACUGAUAUUGGGAUCCAUUUAAUCUUGCUGAUGCUUGUUUUGUACGUCUGUUUGUAAGCAUUUUUAACAUUUUAGAUGGGAUCUUUCUAGACCAGUCAGCUAGAGGGAAACAAAAUCUUACCUGUAAAGAUUUGUGGCAGGUCUGUAUUACCAACUGUGUGUUUAUACCCCCAUGCCCCCACCCUGUGUCUGUAGAAUGUGCUGCAAGUCUGAGUAAUAAAAUCUGUGCCACCUUUUAUUAAAACAAUGUUGCUGGCUUUUUA